AUGUUUGUGCAAAUCUAUGUUGAUGACAUUGUCUUUGGAUCAACUUGUCAGCAGCUUGUUAAUCAGUUUGUCCAGAAUAUGACUGAUGAAUUUGAGAUGAGUAUGUGUGGUGAACUAACUUACUUCCUGGGUUUGCAAGUACAACAAUCAGUUGAUGGCAUCUUCAUGUCUCAAAGCAGAUAUGCAAUGGGCUUGAUAACUAGAUUUGGUCUUACAACUAGUAAGGAGGCCAAGAUACCUAUGGGGGUGAAUGACAAGCUCUCAAAGGAUGAAACAAGAGAAGAUGUGGAUGAGAAGCUAUAUCGCGGGAUGAUUGGUAGUCUUCUGUAUCUGACAGCAAGUCGUCCGGACAUCUGCUUAGCGGUUGGUGUAUGUGCCAGAUAUCAAGCCAGACCUAAGAAAUCACAUCUUCUAUUUGUGAAUAAGAUCAUCAAGUACAUCAAAGGCACAAUUGAACUUGGUAUCUACUAUACCAAGGACACAACCACCAGUCUUAUAGGCUACUGUGAUGCCGACUGGGCGGGUUCCGUAGAUGAUCGCAGAAGCACAAGUGGUGGAUGCUUCUUCAUGGGGAACAAUCUCAUUUCCUGGCACAACAAGAAGCAAAACAGUGUAUCUCUGUCAACAGCUGAAGCAGAGUACAUAGCUCUGGGUAGAUGUUGUACACAAAUUACGUGGAUGAAGCAGAUGGCUGCAGAUUAUGAUAUUGUUUCUGACUCUAUCUUAAUCCAUUGUGACAACCAAAGUGCAAUAAACAUCUCCAAAAAUCCUGUUCAACAUUCGCGAACCAAACAUAUAGAUAUUAGACAUCAUUUCAUUUGGGAAUUGGUUGAGGCGAAACUGAUUGAGAUUGAUCAUGUCCGUACUGAAUUUCAACUGGCUGUUCUGUUUACUAAACCGUUGGACUUUACUAGAUUCACGAAUCUGAGAAAGUCCAUUGGGAUCUGUGAAAUCUAA